GUUUCAUCACGAACUUCUGCGAUGCCAGUUGUGUGCGAUCUAUUUUGAGCCGGCUUCCAAGUAUUACAAGCUGAAAACCGUGAACAAAACACGGUAAUCGCAACUCGGAUCGGAGCAUUACCGGACGACCAACAGUGGAUCCCGCACCAUGCCCACCAUCGAGCAUAAAUUAAACAUUACAGAGGAGGAGGUUCCGGAAGAUAUCCGUCGACUUGCUGAAGAGCAAGGAGAGUCUCCCAGUUCCAAGGAAAAGGUCAUCGAAGAAUUUCGCAACUACAUUUUAGAACACAACGAAUGCCAGCCACAUCGAAAUGAUUCAAAGUAUCUCGAAAAAUUUUUAAGAGCCCGCUACUGGAAGAUCGAAAAUAGCUAUAAAUUGCUUUGCAGUUACUACAAGUUCCGGGAACAAAACAAAAGCUACUACGAGAAGGUUCGGCCUCUGGAUCUGCGUCAUGUUGGUCAGUCGGAUAUCCUGACUGUGACACCCUACAGGGAUCAACAUGGCCACAGGAUACUCAUCUAUCGUUUUGGUCUGUGGCGACCGAAUCGCGUGACCGUCGAUGAUAUUUUCCGGGCCACCAUAGUCCUGCAGGAGCUGGGCAGCUUGGAACCCAUCUCACAGAUCGUUGGUGGAGUGGGAAUCUUCGACCUGAAGGAUCUUGGCCUGGAACACAUACUCCAUCUGAGUCCCAGUGUGGCACAAAAGAUGAUUGCCCUUCUGGUGACCUCAAUGCCCAUUAGAACAUCCGCUCUUCACAUUGUGAACCAAAAUUGGGUCUUCAACGCGGCAUUUAAAAUAUUUAAGCCCUUCCUUAAUGCGGCCAUGAGAGAGAAACUCUAUAUUCAUGGCAGUGAUAUGACUUCCCUGCACAAGCAUAUUAAUCCUGAACAUCUUCCCAAGCGUUAUGGUGGCUUGCACGACGACUACUCCUAUACGCUCUGGUUGGACAUGUUGAAGGAGCAGUGUACGGGUAAUAGCGUCCAAAAAGAUAUGGAACAAUUGGGUUUCAUCUUUGACUAAUUAGCUAAGUUAUAACUACUAAAUUUGAAUAUGCUCCUCUAGGCACUGAUGGUCUCUCAGUUGAUUUUACCGAAUAUGAAAGGGAAAUGUGAAGUUAAUAAUACUUUAGUAAUUUUGUACUGCAAUGGAAAUCAAAUUUCUGUUUAUUACUUAAAGGUAUUUAAAUAUGAAUCAAUUGACAGAAGUUAGUAUAGUUUGAAACAAUUAAAGAAAAAAUACUA